GCUGGAGCCGCUCCAUAAAGCCUCAGAGCGCGUGCGCUGUAGUAUGAUCCUUCUUGUUCAAGAAGUAUGAUGAUUGGUGCGUUCACGGACUAUCCGUGUAAGGUGCAGCCUUCUUGUUACGCAUGCGCCUCAGCCCGUCUGACCUUGACAAGAAGUAUUUGUGAGAUUUAAGCUGGUAGUGAGAUGCCGAGCUUUGAUCAAUGUUCCAUAUCAUCGCUGAUCAGGAAGUGCCUGCAGUGAUGUUCUACUCUACACAGUUCUAUUUCAGAUUUUGUGCUUGAACAUGUUUGUAGUAAUAGUUUAAUUGUUUUAGUUGUGACACUUUCUUUAGUUGUAAACAUGCUUUUUACUGUCGGUGCUGUCGUUUUGUUUUGUCUCAGUUAUUUAAUGAUAAAUACACAUAAACAGAAUCCCAGUCAAUGUUUUUGAAUGACAGCUCAGCCACAGACUCGGAGUGGGUGGUGGGUUAGGUGUCACCUCCCAGUCUGGUGGCCUUUACUUACAAACACCUUUACAGGCUACACAACAACUCUUUAACCACAAUCAUGUGAACCUGAAUGCACCACAGAGCAAAAACAUCUGCUUUAGGGUUCACAGAGAAACAGGAGUCAUUUUGUUUGAGAGCAGAAGUGGGUCAGUGAACUCAGCACACAGCAGGCCAGCUGACUCCCCAGAGUCUGACUGCACUGACCCAUCAACCCAGCGACCUCCACCUAAAUGUUGAAGUCAAGCUGAGCUCCACCAGUAACGUCUCGGUGAUGUGUUUAAGUGUUUCCUGUCACGAGUGGAACUUCUAGUUGUGGUUGUACGGGAGAUGGGAGGUGUAGAUGAAGUUCUCCACCUGGCCGGGUGCAUGCUGAUGGAGGCUUCUCUGUUUCCAGUGCUUUCCGCUUUUAAUCUCUGUUCAAUCAUCUGUAUUCAGCAGCAGCCCAAUCACGCCAUUUUACACGAAUGCACGCGCUAAGUAAUAAUAACAUCUACAACACACGUUACAUCUCGAAGUCUCGCGAUGUUUCUUCCGGGUGACGUCACUCCGGAUGCGAUUUCUGUCCAAACACAGAUGGUGUCGCCCUGAUCGUCCAUGUGGUUCCAGGUCUGCUGAAAAAGCCUCACGCCGUGAUCGGAACUUAUUUAAUUUUAUUAUAUCUGACGAGCCGACCCGCUCUGAGAGGACCCGGAAAUGCAGCACGACGACGUGAUCUGGGACAUCAUUGGAAACACGCAGUUCUGCUCCUUCAAAGUGAAGACCAAGAGUCAGAACUUCUGCCGGAAUGAGUACAACGAGAAGGCUCUGAUUGCUGCUCAGCUGGAUAACGCCAUCGAGAAGGAGCUGCUGGAGCGACUUAAACAGGGAACGUACGGAGACAUCUACAACUUCCCCGUGCACGCCUUCGACCGAGCGCUGGAGCAGCAGGACCAGGAGAGCGAGUCAGAGGAGGAAGAAGAGGAGGAGGAGGAGGAGGACGACGAGGACGUCGGGCAGAGAGAGUUCGUAGCAGAAGAAGAAGUGGAGGAGAGCGACCUGAGCGACUUCGAGGACAUGAACGGGCUGAAGACGAGCAGCGAUGAGGAGGAGCAGGACGCGUCCAGCGAGGAGGAAGAAGAGGAGAUGGAGGUGCAGACGAAGGCUUCGCGGUCUAAAGGCAAAUCUCCGGCGAACGGCUCGGCGGCGAGGAAGAAGCGAGCGUACGUGGAGAUCGAGUACGAGCAGGAGACAGAGCCCGCCUCCAAGAGCAGAGCCACGUAGUGACGCUGUGCCCUCGAAGCAAACUCUGACUGCCGAGGACACGCCCCCUCGCUCCCUCACCGUGUGUUACCACGGCAACAUUACAUAGCUGAGGGGAUUGUCCGACAUGUUUAAAGUCUCGCUCGGCUGGAAGUCAUGUGACCAGCACACAAAGACACUGAUAGGCCCGCAGCUGAUCACAAUAUUGAUUAAUUGGCCUUUGAUAAUCAAACAGCCUGAUCAGAAUGAAUUUUCCCGUUUCACACUUUAAAGACGAAUCCAUGACUCGCUGCACGUGUGAUCACAUGACUGCUGCUUUCACUUUAAACAUGAGCAGGAAGUGGAGCCGUAACCAGAACAUUACGUGAGGAAGCACCCACAGUGACGCGAAUGACGACUUUUCUGCUCGCCGCGCUAACGGAGACGAGACGGACGUGAAUGUUUUUCUAAACCCUGUAAACAUUUUUAUGUUUGAAAUAAAAAUAAACUUGGAAAAAA